AUCACCAGGCACUUGUACUGGGCAAUUUGGAAGCGACGGACCCGUCUCAUCAGCUCAGUGCUGCAAGAGCAGAGCGCCAGAAGGUACGCAGCGGGAUGGAUGUUCCGGGCGGAGGCGGCGGACGCGGGGCUCCUUGGAGGAAAAUGUCUAAAGAGCCACCAAGAAGGCCCGGGCCACGGGGAGGAGCCUGCUCGACAUGCCUUACGGAGACGGCGAAGGGGAGAAAAUGGACAUCUACUUUCCGGAGGAAGUGUCUGAGGCCUUGCCGUUCCUCGUGUUUUUCCAUGGAGGAUACUGGCAGAGUGGAAGGGUCAGAGGGGGCGGUGUUCUCGGUGGACAGGACACAGAAGCAGCCUAGUGGCCAAGUGGCCUCGAGUUGUCCCAUCUUUGUCUCCUCCUGCAGUAAAGACACAUCAGCCUUCAUGGUCAGCCCGCUAACAGCACAGGGAGUGGCUGUGGUGAUAGUGGCCUAUGACAUUGCCCCAAAAGGCACCCUGGACAAGAUGGUAGACCAGGUCACCCGGAGCGUGGCGUCUGUCCAGAAGCGGUAUCCAGGUAACAGGGGAAUUCACCUGUGCGGACACUCAGCUGGGGCCCACCUCGCAGCCAUGAUGCUCCUGGCCAAUUGGACCAAGCUUGGUGUCACACCCAACCUCAAAGGCCUCUUCCUGGUGAGUGGGAUCUACGACCUGGAGCCUGUCAUGCACACCUCUGAGAACGCCCCCCUCCUCGUGACCCUGGAGGAUGCUCGGAGGAACAGCCCACAGUGGCACCUGGAGAUGGCCCCAGCACAGCCAGCGGACCCAGGCUGCCGCAUCCUGGUGAUCGUGGGCCAACACGACAGCCCCGAGUUCCACCGACAGUCCAGGGAGUUUUAUCAGGCGCUGCGCCGAAGAAGCUGGGAAGCCUCGUUUGAAGAGCUCCGUGACGUAGAUCACUUUGAAGUCCUUUGGAACCUAACCCAGAAGGACUACGUGCUUACCCAGAUUAUUUUGAAAACAAUCUUCCAGGAGUCCUGAUGACACCUGUACCCCCGCCGGCACACACCCCAGCUUGUAAAACUUCUCCAGCGAGCCCGGCAGCGCCCCCUUCCCGCCAGCCCUGCUUCCCUGCGCCCAGCAGCGCUUCUGUCUGCCCACCAUCCCGGCCAGAGUCUGUUCUUCUCACCGCCCUGAGCACGAGCACGUACCCCAAGGUCCGUCCCUGGCCUGGGUCAGGCGGGCUCCAGGGAAGGUCUGGCCCAGGUCAGCGCUGUUUGUGAUGCCCAGAGCUGCCUCCUAGCCAAGUCUGGCCCCUCAACCUGCUACGAGGGUGACAUGAAGAUGACAACUCCUAGAAAAGGGAACCCCCCUGCACUGCUGCUGGGGAUGUGAUUUGGUGCAGCCGCUUUGGGAAACAGUAUGGUGAUUCCUUAAAAAACUAAAAGUAGACUUAUCAUAUGAUCCAGCAAUCCCACUCCUGGUCAUAUAUCUGGAGAAAACUUUAAUUCAAAAAGAUUCAUGCACCCCAGUGUUCAUAGCAGCACUACUGACAAUAGCCAAGACAUGGAAGCAACCUGAAUGUCCAUUAACAGAUGCCUGGAUAAAGAAGGUGUGGUAUAUUUAUACAAUGGAACACUACUCAGCCAUAAAAGAAUGAAAUCAUGCCAUUUGCAGCAGCAUGGAUGGAUCCAGACAUGACCAUACAAAGUGACGUAAGUCAGAAAGAAAAAGACAAAUACCACAUGAUGUCACUUAUACGUGGAAUCUAACAAAUGACACAAAGGAACUUAUUUACAAAAUGGAAACAGACUCACAGAGGUACAGGAAACAAACUUAUGGUUACCAAGGGGGAAAGGGUAGGGGAUCAACAACAUUGCCUAAGACUCACAAAGUGAUGUGUUUCCGUGUGUGCACACUUGUGUGUGAAUGCAGAGAAACAGGCCGGGGAGAUUCCACACCGAAUACCUCUGCCCCGCUCUGGGGAGGGAAGUGGGGAUGGGAACACAUACGUGGAGGGGGCUGGAUUAGCCUGUGAAAGAACGUGGCUGGAGCAGGAACAGGCAGACAGAUACAGGGGCAGAACUGAGACUGCAGAGCUCUGUCCCCGAACAUAAGGCAAUUUAGUCCAUGAUAAAGGUGGUAUUUCAAACCCACAGUGUAAAGCUGCUUGUGGAAUUGACGGUGUGGGCAGGUCUUGGAAACCGUAAAUCUGAACCUUUUCACACCUUCCAGGACACAGUUUUGGGGGGGUCAAAUGUCAACAUAAAAACCCAAACCAGAAGAAACCAGAAGAAAUCUUCAACCAGUAUCUGAGCCAUCUCAGGGUGGAACAGAUCUUUCUAAGCAUGGCAAAAAUACAAAAGACACCAACCAGAUAUAGAAAACUGAAGUCAGAAAAUGAGUGAUAGACAAAUAAGACUGUAUACAAAUUUUAAGCUUCUGCAGGAAAAAACACCACCUGACAGAGUCAGAAAAAAACUUGGUCGGAGGACGGAGGGACAUGACAUGUGAGUGUGUGUGAAAUCUUACCCUUAUGUGUAAAAACUCUUCAAGCAAAUGGAAAAAUAACCGUAACCCAAGAGAAAAGUGUGCAAAGACGUGGAUGGGCAAUUCGCAGAGAAGAAAUUGAAGUGCCUAGUAAACUUGAGAGGAUCAGCCUCCCUUUUAAAUAACACAAGGUACAACCUAAACCAAGCACGUGCCAUUCUGCAUCUCAGAUGGUCAGAGGUUUGAUGUUUAAGCAAGUCGUGGGGAAGGGAGCACUCUCAGGGCAUCAGAGAAAGUGGUCUUGACCUCACAUUAACCAGGGGGUCCUUUGACCCUAAGAACAUAGCAACUGAUAGAACCAACACAGCCUCACCCUGUCUGCCACCCCUGUGUGGAUCUCUCUUUGUUAACCUCUGUGUGUUAUUCUCUUGCCAGUCUGUUUCACAAAAUUGCGCACAACGUUCUUGUGAAUUAAGAAAAGAAAUAAAUCCAAGCUACCAGCUUCUUA